AUGGAUAUAUUGCGACAUCUAAGUGCGAGGAAGAGCCAUGAGACGGGCCAUCUCGAAACUAGGGGAGUAUUGUUAAGAAGGGAACUGAGUGGUGGAGGAAUCGCCGGUGUUGUUGUCGGUGUCAUCGUGGGCCUUGCGCUUGUAGCUCUCUGUUCCUAUCCAUUUAUCAUCCGUCGCAUCAGACACCGCAAACAAGACCAUUCUCAUGGACUCACCAACACGAACGACCCUGAGACGGGUGAGGUUCCAACGACGGGAACUCCAACCACAGCUGAUCAUCAACGCCGUUUAUCGUCGCAGGACUCAUUUAAGCCUUCGGGAGAGAAUGUUCGUGGAGGAGUAGAGGGAUCUGUCAAGGACUUGGACUGGACUCCCCACGAUACUCUGAUACAGUCGAACGGGCAACAAGGACUGGAUCAACAUAACACUGGACCCCGAAUCGAUACUAAUCUGUCUUCGCAUCGUUUCAACAAUGCUCAGCUGGGCUGCGACAAUUCGAUACCGCGUUCGGCGCCGUUCGAUGGAACAUAUCAUGAAGAAUAUAUGCCACAGUCUAUUGGAGAUGCGCAUGAUGGAACCCUCAACGGAACCAGUGCGGACUACUACAGCCCGGCCGUGCCAUCAGAAGCAUUCGGCAUGUUUACAACUGAAGAGCCUCGACCACAGCCAGAACGUUCAUGGUCGCGUGGAAGUUCAUUGAAGCAUAACUUGAAGCAACUGUUCAGUCGAAAGAGUACGCGCGAUCAAUCCUUCAGUUCCCCAACAUCGCUGUCUUUUGCUGAAGGUCCCGAAAACACCAGAGCCACUCAUGUCACUGAGGGUGUGCCUCUCCAGAGGAUUACUACGGCCGGAGACCCGACUGAGUCUCCUACUGAUAUCGCUGCGCCUGCUACUGAUUCAUUACCAGCACCGCCCCAUCCUGCCCCGGCUCUGGGUUCACCGAUCGCAUUACCAUCUACUCUACCCAAAGGGACCGCGCCAAGCCCGCCAGAAUCUUCACCAGCCACGUUCAAUUUCAACGCAUCUCAGUCUCCUCCCAGCCACCCCGCUCCCGGUACUGUGAACCCGAUGGAUAUGAUGCCGGCUUCAACGGAAAGCGAAUUAUGGCAUAGAACAAACUACCAACUAUAUGUAGCACAAUCCUCGCCACACCAGCUGCCACCAUCAACGGAGCCUUCAAGGGACGAGAGACCUGUUGAUUCACCCUCACCAUUGACACUGGCUCCUAAUACUCCCCGGCCUCAGCCUCAACUUCUACCUGUCGUCCAAUCACCCACACCCACACAGAGUGAAACUGCAUUGAAGAAAGAAGAGCCUGAUGAGAGCCAGGAUGUCUCCAUGUCUGAUAUUCCAUCGAACAACCACUUGAGUCCUAUGCCCGACACAGGCACCCGACACCAGAGCUACCCUUCAGAUGCUUCAACUCCUCAACCAGGACCGGCAUCUACCAACCCCUCAUCACUAAACACACCUGCAACUCAGCUCGAUACCCCUUCCCCCCAUUCUGGUGUAUCCUCCGACCAUCGUCCAAGCGUGUCACCGGGUAACGGUGCCAACAACUUGUCACCAAAGAAUGGCGUAUAUGCGUGUGACGAGCCUGGCUGUCAUCAGGUCUUUGACCAGGCACACAAGCUUAAACAUCAUCAGCGCUACCAUACAAAAGACCACAAGUGCCCCUACCCGAAUUGUGGCAAGGGCUUUGGAACCAAGACUCAUCUUCAGCGUCAUGUCAACGAUCGCCACGAGAGGAAGAAGAAGUUCCAUUGCGCCGUCCCAGGUUGCGACUAUUCAAGACAAGGUGGGAAAGGAUUUCCUCGCAAGGACAAUUGGAAGCGGCAUAUGACGAAGAUCCACAACAUGGAUCAAAGAUACCUCCCCGACCCUGUGGAGGUCGAUCAAGAGAUGGGGGGCACAUGA